AUGAUGAUGACGUACCGUCUGCUGUGCGCCCUGUUGGUGCUCGCCCUGUGCUGCUGCCCGUCCGUGCACGCGGGAGACACUCAGGAGCCCUCUGAAGGCCAAGGUACUGCAAAAGACCCCAAUUUGUCGCCUACCUCAGCUGAAUCUAGGGCGACUGCACCUAAUGGAAACGUCGCCGGUCCAGCGCCCUCUCAAACAGGAGGACUACCAGUGGACGGUCAGGCUGCUGAUGAUUCAGCCAAUGAGCCGGCUGCGGACAAAAUUGAGCCAGAGGCAUCAGGUUUGGUCGUUCCGGGACCAAAAGUAAAUAACGUGUCAAAUACAUCACUGACAGAGAAUGCGAAGGGUAAUAAAGGAUCUGAAAUUGGCACCGGUGCACCCGCGGACAAAGAAGUUAAU